AUGGGUUUGUCGUCUUCGAAAGACGAGGUUAUUCGUGGCGAAAUCGGCUGCGACAGCAUAGGCACCAUGCAAUGCAGUGAAACCAGUUCCCUUAUGUGCUUUGAGGGUAUCUGCGCGCUCUUUAUAGCCGAGACAGAAAAACGGUGUGUGGAACGGUGCAAGCAUAGGUUAAAUCAGGAGUGGGAAAGAGAACAAAACAAUCCCACAGACAUUGAAAGCAACCCCCACUUGAGUAACGCGCCAAAUCAGAGAAGCCAAUCAGAGCAUCUAGCAGACCGUCCACGAAGUGGAUACUACGAGCACGAGUUGUGUGGUGACAUGGACAAUGGUAACAACGGCAACGACAGCGCAGUGAACAUCGAUCGGAUGGAGACUGCAGAGAACCCUGACAGCACCAGGGAGACAUCUCAUCUCUUAGCCUACGACGAGACGGAUCAUCAAGCCAUGGAGAUUUCAAUAAAGCCACCCUCAUCCCACCAGGAGACCAGUGCCUCUCCUGGAUAG